GGGGGCCCCCGUCGUCAUGGGCGCGGCGGACACCGUGAAGGGCGAGGCGGACAUCUUCACCACCCCGUCGGGCGUCGCGGUGCUCGCGCGCGACGUGCAGGCCCACCCCGUGGAGCAGUUCCGCGUGAUGGAGAGCCACCACGACCACAGGCUCAACAAGGCCACGAUCGCAGCGUCUCAGGUCCACCACACCUCCACGCGAUGCCUGGACGAAGGCUUCUGCUACGACCUGGUGGAUGUCAGCGACAGCGGCGCCCUCGAGCUGCUCCUCCGGAAGGCGCUGCUGGUGGGGUACGUGUACCACAUGGACUUUUUGGCCAUGCGUGGGCCCAACGUAAAGGGACAGGGCAUGACUUCGAUUACCUCCCUCCAGCACGCUGUCUUCGACUUGAUUUUCCUGGGAGGGAUGACGAAGGACCCUGGCGUGGCGAUGGUCCGCCAGGACUUGAUAGCCCACGUGGUCUCAGAGGUCGAGCGAGACGCCGCCAUCCCCAAGCAGGUCCGCAAGGCCAUGGGAGAGAUGACGGAGCUGGUCAAGCAGGACCGCAAGAACGGGAGCAGGG